UUUAUCAGAUUAAUUUCGCAAUAAUUAAGUUUUAGUUUUUUUCAUAUAUUUAUUUUCCUGUUCCCCUAAGAACUUGGAUUUAGUAUAGAGUCAAAAAUCACCAUUAGUUCGAAAAUGGUAGAAGACACCAGCACAAACUCAAAUAAACAAAAAACAAAAACCACGCGUCCCAAAGCAGUGUACUUAUGGACUGAGGCAGAUGUGCAGAAAUGGUUGAGAAGACACUGCAGUGACUACUAUAACCUAUAUUGGGAAAGAUUUCAUGAGCAUGACAUAACAGGAAGAGCUCUGAUCCGUAUAAAUGACAACACACUGCUCCGAAUGGGCAUCACUAACAAAGAUCACCGAGACGCCAUCUGGAGGGAAAUCCUGAAACUGAGGCUCAAAACGGACAUUGUAGAGAUCAGAGACUUGGAAAGGAGACAGAACUACUUCAAUUACGACUUGUGACAUACAAAUGAAAGCCAAACAUCUAAAACAAAUAGUAGGUCCAAUUUUUGCAGCCCUGGUGUAAGAUAAACUGAUUCAAAAGUAAUAGUAUCCAUAGAUAUCAAAAUCGUCUGACUCUAGAAUAUUGUUGUAGUAGGUAUUUUACCAAAAUUAUCAAGUUACACAGUUUUGUCAUUUAAAUUAAAAUUGUUGAAGUCACUCAAAGAAUUGAGAAUGAUUUAUAAUGUUAAAUCCUAUUCAUUAUAUCUUUUAUAAUAGACAAAAUAUAAAAGGGUUCAAACAUGCUCUAAUAAAAAAAAUCAAAAUCAAUGGGGUUACAGGGAACAAUUUUCAAAGUUGUUAAUAAAAAAAUUGUUCCUUAGGUGCAUAGAAAUGUAUCGGCCUAGUAAACAUUGGUUUUAUGUUUGACUGACUAUAAAGAGUUUAAAUUAGGUAGUACAUCAAAAUGUACACAAGUGUUAGAGCUUAUUAACUGUUUUCUUAAUGUUAAUUAUAAUCUUGUAACCUUCAAGGCAUGUCUUGUAUGAGUAUAUGAUAUGUACACAGGCUAAGUACAUUGCUUGUGGAUUUCUUUGCUUAUAUUGUAAUUAUAAACUAUUUAAUGCUUCGCUCAAACUGUUAUUGUUCAAGAAUAAGAUUCAAUUAAAAAUGAUUUAUAUAGACAAUAAUGUAUGAAUUACUCAUUAGAGCAUUAUGGCUUUAAAAUGAAAUAAUUAAGUUCCAUCCAGUUAGUGCUAAAUUAGUUUAUUUAAUGCUCAUUGUAUUUGUUAAAAGUAAGCUAGAUAGAAAAUAAAUUGCGUACUUUUUUACAA